CAAAUUUCAGACCAAUUAAAUCCAUAAUCUACGCCCGGCAACCGUAAAGUAAACCCCAUCCGGCCAACAGAACAAAACCUGUGGCUAUUAGCUCCAGCGAUAGCGAAGAAGGCAAACAUUUGAUCUUUUCUCAAUACGGAGAUUCAAAGCGCUAGACGUUUCCACUCUCUAGCUAAGCCAAGAGGUAUACUAGUGGACCCGUAGUGUAUUAGCCUCUGCACAAUAUAGCGUUUUUCAGCACCCGGCAUCCCUCAUUUACCAACAGCAAUGUCAGACCUUGAGGCUCCCCUUCGUCCCAAAAGAAAGAAGGGCUGGGUGGACUUCCUAGUGCAGUUCAGAUGGAUCAUUGUACGGAUUGUUUCCGGACACAGUCGUGGCAUACGAGAUCAUUCUUGCAGAGGGAGAGGUAGUUCGGGCUACCAAAGACAAUGAGUAUUCGGACCUCUUCUAUGGGAUUCCUUGGUCUCAGGGUACUCUUGGACAUCUUGUUUCGGCGGAGAUUAAGCUAAUACCGAUUAAGGAAUACAUGAAAGUGACUUACACACCUGUGGUUGGUAAUCUUAGAGAAAUCGCACAGGCUUACAUAGACUCAUUUGCACCCAGAGAUGGAGACCAAGACAACUCGGAUAAGGUUCCUGACUUUGUGGAAACCAUGGAUCUAUACUCCUACAGAAGCUGUUUGCAUGACAGGUAGAUAUGCGUCUAAAGAAGAGGCGACUAAGAUCAACGAUGUCGGGCGGUGGUUCAAGACAUGGUUUUAUCAACACGCCCAAACGGCACUUAAGAAAGGAGAGUUUGUGGAGUACAUACCGACGAGGGAAUACUACCAUAGGCACAUAAGGUGCUUGUAUUGGGAAGGCAAACUUAUCCUCCCAUUUGCUGACCAGUGGUGAUUUAGGUUUCUGCUCGAUCGGGUGGUUGAUGCCGCCUAAAGUAUCUCUACUUAAGGCUACUCAAGGUGAGGCCAUUAGGAACUAUUACCAUGACAAUCAUGUCAUUCAGGAUCUGCUUGUUCCUCUCCACAAGGUUGGAGAUGCUCUCGAGUGGGUUCACCGAGAGAUGGAGGUGUACCCCAUCUGGCUUUGCCCACACAGACCUUACAGGCUCCCGUUGAAAACCAUGAUAUAUCGGGAACCGGGAUUUGAGCUGCACAAAAGGCAGGGCGACACGAGCUAUGCCCAAAUGUACACUGAUAUUGGAGUGUACUACACACCUGGCCCUGUCCUUAGGGGUGAUGACGUGAAGUCUUUGAUGGUUCAUUGGCAGUGCAGCGCUUGGAGAAUUGGUUGAUUGAAAACCACGGGUUCCAACCACAAUAUGCAGUGUCUGAGUUGUCGGAGAAGAGCUUCUGGAGGAUGUUUGAUGCUGGGCUCUAUGAGCACUGCAGGCGCAAGUACAAAGCCAUAGGCACCUUCAUGAGUGUGUACUACAAGUCAAAGAAGGGAAGAAAGACAGAGAAGGAAGUGCAAGAGGCUGAACAGGAGAAAAGUGGAGACCCCUGAUGUUAAUUGAUUAAUUAGCCAUAGAUUAUUGGAGUUUGGUGUUGGUUCUUGGCACCUUCAUGAGUGUGUACUACAAGUCAAAGGAGGGGAGAAAGACAGAGAAGGAAGGCAAGAGGCUUAACAGGAGAAACCCCAAGUUUGGUGUUGGUUCUUUGAUUUAUGCCCAUUUGUCGUUUCUGGAGUUUCUAUAUGUUUGGCAUUGGUAGUUGGUACUCUUAAUUUUUUACUUGUGUAUGUGUCUGAGUGAGUUGGGUGGCUUUUCAAUUUCCAUUAGAGGCCAGAAUGCCAGAUUUGACUAAUUUAGAGUACAUUUUUUAAAAGUUUUCUUCAUAAGUUCAUUUUAUUUCAUUUACAUAGUAAAUAAAUGGAUCCUGGUUUGAACUGGUUGGUCAAGAGUAACUCCAGAAGUCAUGACAUCCAAGUAUGGCCUAAGUCCCUAAAAAUGUCAAAAUCAAAUGAGAUAUAUAUUAUGGACAAUUAUUCAUUGUGGAUGUUAGGGUUUAAAAUGAAACUGCUGCGUCCCGGCAGUGGAAGUGUGGAACUAAUGGACCGGUACAGAAGAUGUUGGCGACGGGAGCUUGCCGGAGCCGGUAAAGACGGAGCAUCUGCAGAUAGGGCAAGUAGAGUUGGAACUGAGCCAAUGGGAUAUACAAUGAGAGUGAAAUAUGUGUUUGCAGGGUGGGAGCUGCUGCAAUUCAUCCUCCAUCUCGUACUCUCCCAAACAAAUGCAACAGCACCUGCAAUCCCAUUAGAUCAUCAAAAAUUGGGAGUUUGAAACUUUGGACUAUCCCAUCAAAGCCUCCUUCAUUCUACAGUCAAGACAAGGGGAGUUUUUCUUAUAUAAAUUGAAUUUUGAAUAUAUCCAGUUAAGAAAUAAAGGGGAGAAGAUGAGUGAAUUACCAUGGGAGUCUGAUUAGCAAAAGUUGUGGGAAGUGUUGAGGCAAUGGAAAUCCUCCUCUUAAGGUAGAACAAGUAAAGCAAAAGGAACACUAUGAUAGAGAAGAGAAUUGGGAUUGAGAAUAUGAAAGCCUGAUAGAGUUUUAUGAGCUGAAUUGUCUGAGGAUAGAGGUGUGGUGGGCUUGCAGUUGCUUCAGGCAACCCCAUGAAUCAAAUCCUUGAUGAGUUGAAGAAGAAGAAGAUACUGCUGGGCCUGCGCAUAGGCAUGCUUAUAAGAUCAGCCAAAGUGAUCAUUCCUUUCAUAGCUUCCCACUACCUCUAACUCCCCACUCCUCAAUUUGUGAUCCAUCAUCAUAUGUACAAAGUAUAAAAUACUUCCACCCUUCUUUUAUAGUUGCAAAAUUCUCAUUUCC